AUGACAAUCACACUAUGCCAUCACCGCCACAGAGAGGAUUGCCUCAACCUGCUUUUAACAACCAAAGAAACUCCAACCUUGAUCCAUCAAAAUGGCUUCCAUAAUAUCAACACGAAACCCAAACCUUCCCGACUCGAGAAGCUGCUACACCACGACAAAGAAGGCCGAAAAAGUGGCAGCCAUUUUGAAUCAGUAGUGUGGCUAUAUGGCAGUGGAGUGGCUCUGUUCGCUGCUAGAAGAAAAGCAAAAAUAUGA